AGGCACGGACAGUUUAAGUGACUUACUCAAGGUCACACGGCUUUUUUUCUUAUAAAGCUAAGAAAAUCGCAAGGCACAUGUCAGUGAAUCAGCAAGAUCUAGAUCCAGAUAGUACUACAGAUGUGGAAAAUGUUACAGAUGCUGAAGAAGAACUUAUUAAAGAAUGUGAAGAAAUAUGGAAGGAUAUGGAAGAAUGUCAGAAUAAAUUAUCGCUUGUUGGAACUGAGACACUCACUGAUUCAAAUGCUCAGCUGUCAUUAUUAAUUAUGCAAAUGAAAUAUUUGACUGCUGAACUAAGUCAAUGGCAGAAAGAAACUCCUGAAAUAAUUCCACUGAAUGAAGAAGUUCUGUUAACAUUAGGAAAAGAAGAGUUCCAAAAACUGAGACAUGAUCUUGAAUUGGUACUAUCUACUACUCAGUCAAAGAAUGAAAAGUUAAAGGAAGACUUGGGAAGGGAGCAACAGUGGUUGGAAGAACAGCAACAGAUAUUGGAAUCUCUUAAUGUUCUACACAAUGAAUUGAAAGAGCAGGUUGUGACAUUUUCUGAAUCAAGAGUCUUUAAUGAGCUGAAAACUAAAUUGCAUGAUAUUAAAGAAUAUAAGGAGAAACUCUUGAUUACCUUGGGUGAGUUUCUAGAAGACCAUUUUCCUCUGCCUGAUAGAACUGUUAAAAAGAAAAAGAAAAACAUUCAAGAAUCAACUACACAGCUGAUAACACUGCAUGAAAUGUUAGAGAUUCUUUUAAAUAGAUUAUUUGAUGUUCCACAUGAUCCAUAUGUCAAAAUUAGUGAUUCUUUUUGGCCACCAUAUAUUGAGCUGCUCCUGCGUAAUGGAAUUGCCUUGAGACAUCCAGAAGAUCCAACCCGAAUAAGAUUAGAAGCCUUCCAUCAGUAAAAGAUGGUCUCUUUUUCACACAGUACUCAAAGAAUCUUGUCAUUCAAGGAUAAUGGAAACACUGAGGAUUACUUGGCUAAAGAACAUUAUUUGCAAAUCGAAGCACAUAGUCCAUCUUCCUUUUAUCCUUAAAAUGACACACACUGCCAUUCAUUUAAAAAUGGUCCUUUCAUGUGCAGUCAGUGCUUUGGUGUUUUAAACUAGAUGGACAAGAAUGCAAGU